CAACAUCAACAUCAACAUCAUGACAAACCCAUAGUCACCGCCUCACGUCGCAAAAAGACAUGCCACCUCUAAGCGAGACCAUCCGAAAUGGCAUCUCCGACUCGUUGGCGCGUACCCAGCUGUGGCUCAACACGCCUAAUGGCCGUGGCGUGCUAAAGUGCACCGUUGCCUACACCAUCGCCAGCCUUGCGACUUUUGUACCUUUCUUGGCGAAUUUUCUGGGCAAGCCGGAGGGCAAACAUGUCGUUGCUACUAUUACGGUGUAUUUCCACCCUGCGAGGUCGGUGGGGUCGAUGAUUGAGGCUAUUCUUAUUGCCGUCGUGGCGGUUGCUUACGCGGAGACGGUUUCGCUGCUUUCUAUGGUGACUUCUGUGUUUUUCGGAUCGACGAUGCAUUUGGUAACGCUAUCGCAUGUCUUGGUUGUUGUGGUGUUUAUCGGUGGUGGGUUUGGCUUCAUGGGUUGGGUGAAACAAAGGAUGCUGAAUCCGCUCGUCAACGUCGGCAGUACCCUCGCAGCUCUUGCGAUAAUCGGUGUCGUGACCAAAGAGAGCCACGUAAUGUCGAACGUGUUCUCAAAUGAGAAGGUACUUCAGGUAUUCAAGAUGCUGGUUAUGGGCAUCACGACGACAACGGCGGUGAACUUGCUUCUUUGGCGAACGAGCGCUCGCACAUCACUUCGCGAGACGAUGAAUCGAGUUUCGAUACCGCUAGGAGAUAUGCUGUACAUGAUAACGAACAGUUUUCUCAGCGGAUCUGAAGAGGGACUUGUGUCGGAUGGAUUUACGGCGGCAUCGACACAUUAUGCGAAGUCCUAUGCUCAGAUGAUGAAGGAUAUGAGAGAAGCCAAAUUUGAGCACUACUUCCUUGGGCAUGAAGAGAUUUACGAGCAUGAGAGGACUGUUGCCAGAUCUAUGGAGACCUUGGCACAGGCUUUGGGUGGUUUGAGAAACGCGACGAAUACUCAGCUUGAACAGCUCAAGCACCCAAAGCAACUCAGUCCAAAAGCAUCAGGAACGGCUUCGCCAAAUACCGCACGUCAGCUGUUUGAGCAGUUCAACGAGUCGAUCACCAUGUCUAUGACAGGUGUCCGACAGAACCUCUGCAGAAUUCUUCAUGAGCCUCAGUUCGGUCAACCUCCCAGCUACGAAAUCAACGUCGACGAAGAUCUACGGCGCAACUUGAUGGACUCGUUGAGUACCUUCGACACAGCCAGAUCAGAUGCCUUGCAGGGACUCUACGAUCGAAUUGAACAGAUGGCUUCAUCCCACGAAUCAACGCGCGCUAAUCUUGAAGAAGUCGCCGCUGCUUGCGGUCACUUCACCUUCAGUCUUCAAUCUUUCGGCGAAGAUGUUCUUCAGUACCUCGACGUUCUGGAUGAUCUCGAGUAUGUGAUUAUACGCAAGAGUCGAAGUUGGAGAUGGCUGCUCUGGUGGAAGACUGGUGCUGAAGAAGAUCGGAAUAAAGCUAUCAGAUUAUUCGAAUCUGCAGAGGCUGAUACGCUGAUGCGAACGAGGCAGAGGUCUGUUAAUGUAGCCGAUGGCUCAGCUGCUGUUCCUGCGCCAGUGGAUUUAAGGACUUGGUAUAAUGCGCCUGAUUUAAACAAGAUAUUAGGUUGGUUCUGGAGAAAUCUGUCUGCGCUUUUUAAGAAGAUGGCGCGAGACGAUAUUCAAUUCGGCCUCAAAGUCGGUAUAGGAGCCGCUCUAUGGGCCAUGCUAGCCUUUCUCGAAGAAACAAGAGAACUUUACACCGAGUGGCGCGGUGAAUGGGGUCUUCUGUCCUUCAUAAUCGUGUGCAGUUUCACAGUUGGAGCUGCAAACACAGUUAGUCUGGCUCGUUUCAUCGGUACGCUAUUUGGAGCUUUGUUCUCCGUGAUCAACUGGAAGAUAAGCCAUGGUUACGCCUUGGCACUGAUCCCUCUUGGCUGGUUGACGAGUUUCAUCAACUUCUACCUUGUUAUUCAGCAUGGCAAGGCUUCUCUUGGACGCAUCAGUCUUCUUGCUUAUAAUGUUUCUACACUGUACGCGUACAGAGUAAAGAGAAAAGCAGAUGGGAACGAUGCAACGGAAGAUGGACAAUUCAGUCAACCUGAUAUCAUGGAGAUUGCCAAACGCCGAGCCAUCGCCGUCACGGCAGGUAUUAUCUGGGGUCUGGUGGUUUGCCGAGUCAUAUGGCCUAUCUCAGCCCGCCGGAAGUUCAAAGAGAGUCUCUCAGUUCUUCAUCUGCAGAUGGGUCUUAUCUGGAAGCGAGGUCCUCUCACAGUGCUGUUCCGCAGCGAAGGUUCCCAGAGCUAUCUCAAGUCUGGUGAACAAGCUGCUCUGCAGAGAUAUGCUGCGAACCUAGAUAGCUUGAGAGUAUCAGCUGCGUCAGAGUUUGAGUUGCGAGGCCCUUUCCCAAUGGAAGUCUACGGCCGUGUUCUGAAAAGUACCAUGCGUAUCCUCGAUGGCUUCUACAACAUGAGUCUCGUUGCAUGUCGAAAGGGUCACCUCACAGAAGGUGAGAAGGCAUUACUUGAGUAUACGGCUCGUGAGCGCGCUAUUCUUUGCGAUCAUAUCUGCCAAGCCUUCCAGGUAGUUGCCAGUUCCACAAUGCUAGAGUAUCCUUUCGCCGAUGCUACCCCUAGCAUCGUGUCGGCACGCGAGAAUCUGCUGAGCAGGAUCUUUGAGUUCAGAAAGGAACACCCGAGGAGAUUAAUUAACGAGGGUGGUGAGAGUAGUGAUUCAAGUCAUUUGCUUGUGGAGGAGAAAGAUUAUGCGUUGUUAUAUGCGUAUGCGCUUGUCACGGGGCAGGUUGCUGAUGAGUUGAGGAUGGUUGGAAAGGAGAUAGGAAGUUUGUUUGGUGUUUUGGACGAGGAUACCCGGCUCUUGCAGUAAUAUAGAUAGACAUUUACGAGAUUAUAUAAGGAUGCCAUCA